CCAUAUCCCUCCAAGAUUUACAAUCCCGAAGUUGGACUGCUUUGACCUAGUCGAAGAAGGUGGCCGUGGGAACUGGUCGUCGCUGAUUAGUGUUACCCGCUUUCUGACGCCCGGUGACACAAUCUCCCGUUCCGCACAGUGAUAUCCGCGUGUCCCGACGUCCCUGUUACAAGAGUGCCGGGGAUCGUCUUCAAGCUCUAACUGGCGGGCGAUGGAACCUCGGCGCCCCCUGCAGGAGGGGGAAUCCAGCGCAUCCUUUGGGAGAGUGCGGCGCUGAAAUGUACCAGAAUCUCCCCAAGAGCUUGAAGGCGCUUUGAUCGCCACCGCGGCUCCGAUCUCCCUGCUUGUUUCCCCCCCAUCUACAUACUUUUCUUCUCCCGCAGUUGCUACUGAGGUCCAGCGUCUUUGGACAGUUGCAGAGCUGGAAAUCGGGCGACUUCACCCAAGUAGACGCCUCCAAGGGUCCAAUAUACCCUUCACUGAACAAUUUGAUGGAGAAUCGGUCGGAUGACAGCAGGAACUGUUGUGAUCACUGGGGGAAUACUAGCAACUGUCAUCUUAUUUUGUAUCAUUGCAGUUCUUUGCUAUUGUAGGCUACAGUAUUAUUGCUGCAAGAAAGAUGAAUCUGAGGAAGCCAAAGAGGAAGAAGAGGAGGAAGAGGCGGAGGAAGAAGAAGUCAAUCUCCCCCUGCAUUCACACUACAUUAUGUGCAAUGCUUGCAACUGUCGUAUCAUGGACGGGCAGGGCAAUUCUUCCUUUCCACUCUGUGAGCUGAACAAACAGAGUAACCGGAACUAUGGCCCAGUCUGUUCCCCCUGCAGGUCUCCCUUUUAUAUACGGACCGGUGAGAUAGUACAGAAUGGGGGUGAGAAUGUCACCUACACACCCAUAUGCUGCAAGGAUAUGGGGUUGCCUGCCAAUCUGGCAACCCAUCAAAAUUACCCGGUGAUCCAUCACUGCGCCAUCCAUGGGACUUUUCCAAAUCUGAGGGCUUUCAGUACAGAAGUAUGAUCACUGUCUAUCACUAUCACAGGUGCUUCAGUGUGAUCCACUUGCUGGGUGGGGAUUUUAAUGUUAUAUGUUUCAGCCAAAAUGGAACAUAUAUCCAAGACCCAUCAUUGUCCCUGAUCUUUGCAGUAAAAGAUUUGUAACUUUGUAACCAAGGGUAGGUGGGUGGAGUUGUGCAAAUUUCAACCUGCAAAGUGAUACUGUUGUUUCCACUGAGGAUUCUUGUCUAAAGAGGGCUAUCUAUAAUAUAAAAACUAUCUUGCAUUUCAAGGUUUUUGGAAUCCAAUUUACAAUUCCACCCCCAGUAAGAGAUUUGGGAUCUACCAUUAGGCAUUCCCAUUUGUCUCUUUCUUUAAAGCAAUACCCGCUCACUUCCCUUGAUUAGUAGAGUAGGCUCACAAUGGUCAGUUCGAGAACUUUUUAGGGAACAUCAUAAUUCCCAACCAGGAUGGGGACAUCAGUGAGAAGGAUGACAACAUGUUUGCUGAAUUAGUAUUCAUUGCAAGUGGAACAAGAACUAACAAGAAUGAAAUGUUUUGAUUAUUUCUUUAAUCCAUUGGUUAUCAACUGAAUGCUAUAUUUGUACUAGAAUGUAAAAUAGGCAGCCAUAUUGUAUGUAUUACACACAUGAACACGCAUACACAAGCACAUACAUUUACUAAGGGUAAGAAACUGGGAGUUGAAGAACUGGAGAAAUUACCAAUUUCUUCUGAAAUCUGAUUAUUUUUUACAUGGCAAAAACAUCCUGUUCUCUCCAAAUUCUCAGUUCUUAACAGGCUUUCUUAAGAACAAUUCAUACUGACACUUAAAGGCCACCCCCAUCCCAAGCUUUGUUAAGUCGUUUUUCUAACUUCCUGUCCUCAUGUAAUUAAAGCUGGUAGAAUUGCGAAAGGUAAUAUUUUUAUGAUCAAGCCAUGGCAAGGAAGCAUUGAAGUGACUACGAUGGUCAAUGCCAAAUUCAACAGUUUUAUGACUUUUUAAAGGUAAUACCUUUUAAAAUAGAAUUGGUCAGAUACAAAGAAAAGUGUACUGAUUUGGUUUCAAAAUUUGAUUGAUAACUUCUGCCAGUCUUCCCUUUGCUAUGUGUGAAAUGUUGUUCAUGUGUUUGACAUUCUGAUGGUUUGAUCUUCUAAGAAUGGUAGAUGAGGCUAUUUUGGCAACUACUUGGUCUACUCUUUUGAACAAGCACAAGAGUCAUUCUCUGAAGCAUGAUUAAGCAGCCAGUCUUGCAUACUCUUCUUUAUUUAUAUGUUUAUAAAUGUUUAUCAGAGAAGAAAUUUAAGACCUUAGCCUAAAAUGGUAAUUAUCUCAAGAACACAAGAACGCUGACAUGAUAAAGGAAUCAGUAUAUGCACAUUCAUUUCAAUUAUAUUUUGAACAAUUUGAGUUUAAUCUGGAUUGUACCCAUUUAUCCCAGUCCCUAGUUCCAGUGGAGCUGCAUUUGAGCAAAAACAGAGCUCCCUCCACAACAGAAUCCUAAUUUUGUAGCGUUUAAAAGUCUGUGGAGAACAUAUACACCGGAGUUGCAUCUCUGUUUACACAGUUCCUCUUUACCCAUAGAGUUUUACAAGACUUUUCUGGGUUGUGGUGGGGGGAGACCUAAUGUACUCUUGCACAUAGAGGUAACAUGUAUCUCUAAUCUGGGAGAGAUGUGACAAAUGCGUGCCUGCGGUUCUUUGAGAUAGGACAGUCAACAAUACAGUUGUAUAUUGCCAGCACCACCCUUCUCAUGUUCAUGAAUAACUUUUAUGCUGAGCACACAGAGAACUACACUUCCAGCUUCUUGGUCCUGUAUAUGUCUGGAAAUUCUUAAUAUUCAGGGAAUAAAAUAUUUGA